CCCACGGUCCCCGCCUGCCCUGCCAGGGAGGAAUAAUACCGGCCAAGUCACUCUGCAGAUGAGGAGAUCACUGAUCUGGGAAGACUGGAAUUAACAGCAGGAAGAUUUUUCAAACUUGAACAGGAAAAGACACCUGCAGCUACUAAAGUUGAAGAACGAGGUCCAUCCUAUAUGAGAAAUUAUUUUUAUGAAAUCACUGGAUAUCAUGUAAUCUGCACGUUUUGUCAAACCUGAAACUUGUGAUUAUAAAUAUCCAAGAUGUUUUAAUGGGAUACAGAUGUUUUUUGCCUUUGUGACUUUGGCACUCCAAAACAAUGGCUUUGAUUGAUCCUCUGGAGCAGAAUUACGUGGGGAAAUCUGUCCAGGACUGAAAGCCAGGAUGUAUUUUCAUAAGUCAAGCAAAUGAUCUUCUUUACUGGGACCUCUGGGCUUCUACUCGUGAAUGUUUUGAAAUAGUUUCUGACAAACCUUCAACACACUAGUGGCACCAUGCCUUACCAUGACGAGGAGUACCCAGGUCAGCCUCUGUGGCAGUCUGUGCUGCUCUUCUGCUGUAAGGGUAUGAUUGAGGGCAUCAUGGUCAUACUCUUCUUUUGGCUUCUGGUGCAGGUCCUUUUCACCAAACAACUAGAAGUUCACCUCCAAAUUCUUCUUUUGGUUGGACUGAUAGUCUUUUGUCUGUGUUUGGUCCUGGGGUGUAUCCUGUGCUGGAGGAACAGUCAGAUUUGUCCAGUGAAAGACAAAGAUCCUGUGACAUCAGCACCAGCUCCUUCUGAACCUGUGACCUUUGCCCAUAGCCCGCCUCCCUCAGCAGUGACGACAGCGUCUAGGCAGCAAUACGAAGAGCUGGAUGGAGAUUUACUAGAGUACCCUUCUACUUUCCCCAGCCCUGCCCCUUCAGAGGGUGAAUUUACCUCUCCAACAUUCUCUAAUCGAGCUACAGCUGCCUCUGAGCGGAAGGAGCAGCCAAAGUCUUAUUUUUCCCUGCGCCGCCUCAGCACACCAACACUAAUAUCACCCCUUUAUAAACCCAUAGAUCCCAGUUCCCAUAUUUCCCUGUCUACAUUUCCCAAACUGGGACUGUUGUCCAAAACCUGUAAGGCUCUGCAGAGGCGUUGCACAGUGUCUGGGGGUAGUAUAUCUUACAAUGAACACAGCAGGCUCACCAGCCCCAGCGGUCUGUGUCCCGUUAUGCCUGAAGAACCAAUUCCACUGGCUCCACUGAACUAUGGCUCCAGUUCCAGCUGCCAACAGCCAAUAUCACCAAAACCAUGCCUCCAUUUCACUAUGGCCUUCUCUCCAGAGCAGCAAACCCUGACAGUCACUGUCUUCAGCCUCACUGGGACACCCCACACCCUGGAGGACGUAUCUGUGCUGGGCAGCCUGUCCCCUUUGUACCCCUGUCCCAUACAAGCCUCUGCCCAGAGCAGCCUCAGCCCUCAGACCCACAGCCUGGUGCUGCUUUUGAAAGUGAGCUCUGUGAAGGAGCUCCAAAGGUGUGUACUGAGAAUAGCCGUAUACCCACGGGAACCUCCCUGCCUGAGAGACACCGGACUGGGUGAACUGGAGGCCGAAUGUGGAGGAAGAGACUGGAGAGCAGAUCACCCAUUUCACUUCACAAAGGAGCUUAACACAAAUAAGUGGACACUAAAAAAGGGUCUGAUCUCACAGGAUGCAACGAUGUGUAAGGGGCUUAGUUGUCCUCCACAGAUCUUCAUUUUGCUUCAGUAUCAGACUCUGGCCCAUCGCAUCAAGGCUACAGUCCUCAGAGCAGAUAACCUAGACAACCUUGUUCACACAUUGGCCGCAGCAGAAUACCAGGUGGUGAUCAAUCUGCAUCACGAGGGCGCUGUGAUCAGCCACAGAGAAACUAAAGGAGGGUCCUGUACUGUGUGGAAUACUUCUUUCCUGUUUGACCUGCCUCCAGGAGACAUCAGUCAGCUCCCCCUCAUGCUUGAGUUCAUAAUCAUGCAGAAUCAGGUCCUUUCAGAUGGUAAAGUUCUUGGUCGAGUCCGAAUCGGUGCAGAGGCUGCAGACGCAGGACGUGCUCACUGGAGGGACAUGUGCAACCUGCAGGUGGAGCAGGCACGCUGGCACACUGUACAACCAGAGCGUCUUUAGAGCUGAGAAACAGUGGACCUGAGUACUGUUUAUCAAAUGAUGUGUUCACUGACACUGCAGUUUUGAUGGAUGGAUAUAUGGACACAAUAUAAUCUCUAUAAUGGCCUUAUUUGAAUGUAGCAACCUGUGAAUUCUUUGGGAAAGUAUUGGAAGUGCACAGAAGGACUUUUUGAACAACACAAUAUAUGUUUGUUGGCUUUUAACAGAACAAUGUAUUUAUGAAACAACAGACUUUCUAAAUGGAUCUUGUACAAUGAAGAAUUAAUCAGUGAGUUUUCUCUAACAGUAAAGAAAGGUAAUUAAACUGAGCAAUGUAGUAUUUAUCUAGAAAUACUGAAGAGUUACUUAGUAUUCAGUCCCUGUGAGUAAAACUUUGUCAUUCACUUGAUGUACAGUAUGUUAUACAAAUGUACUUUAUAUACUGUCAUGUACAUCUGUAAUUACAGUUUUGUUGGCUGUAGUAUUUUCCGAAUGUAAAAAUGAUGUGAAGAACCGUAUCAUGUCAUAUAAAUAAAACACACUUUUGCAUGA